GAUGCUUUCGAGUUUGAAGCAUUUUGUUUAGGUCUAAGAUGAAACUGACUGCGGGACUGAAAGAAAAAAGUUGUUGAUAAGUCACAUUCACGUCUAAAAGCACAAAUAUUGUCCUCAAAUGAAUAAAAGACAACAUAAGUGAAGUUUACAGACUGAAGAGGUUUACGCAUCAUGCACGUGAAGGCAACACUAGCCCUAGCAACCACUGCAGGGGUUCAGUGUACCUUAGCAACCAUGGAGGAUGAGCUUCUGUUGAUGGAAGAAAAAGGCAGAGAGGUCCCGCAAGAGCGAAAAGAACUUCUCUACAACCGAGUCGAAGAACUAAAAUAUUCCAAUGCAGCCCUCCUGGCAGAAAUCGACAUGUUUGAAAGGUUCAUCGGCCGCAUGGAUCCUCAGGACCUAGUGUCCCAGGCUGGGGGAGACGGUCCUUGGGCAACAGGAGCCUCCCAGCUGGAGGGUGGGGGUCCUGGAUGGAGGCGAAGGUCCCGGUCCAACAUAUCAGAUCACCCCCAGGAGCUGACCUUGGAACAAAAAGUACAUGUGGCAAAGAGGGAAGUAACAGAGAUACUACAAGACCAGGAGAAACUCAAACAGAGAUAUGAGAGAAUUCAGGACAACUACAAUGCCUCUCUGGAAGAGGCAGAAGUGCGUCUUGCAGAUAUCCAGAAGGCAAAGAGCGAUUUUGAACGCAGACUGCUCAAACCAAUUAAGGACAGGUUGGCAAUGAAGGAGCCUGAGAAGGUGCUACAGUACAUCGAAGACAAAUCUAUGAUCACCCAGUUGGACAAGUUAACUCUGAAGAACAGGGCACUGAAGGUCCACAGAAAGAAGCUCCAGCAGCAGCUUCAACAGAAAAAAGAGGCGGGAAAAAACGAGUACGAGGACAUUUUCCAGGAGUACAGUGAGCAGAGAAUGGACAAAAACCUGGAUGAACUUCAAGUCAACAAUCUGAAAGUGCAACGUGUCCUCAGGUCACAUAAGGAGAAGCUACAGAAUGUGACAUUGGAGUCCACAGAGCUGAGCAAAGACAUUGCCAACAGGAAGCACAUGCUGGCUAAAAUUGAGGAGGAGAUGCAGCAGGCUGAGGAGGAGCGUUUAAAGGCAGAGGCUCUCAACCAACACCUGCGCCGCCAGAUGACAGAUUAUCAGGCUCCUGAUAUCAUUGAGUACAUUCAUGUCAAGGACAAACACAAGAAGCUGCAGCAGAGCAUUCACACUUGGGAGAGGAAGGUUGUUGUUGCUGAGAUGGCAUUGAAGACCCACACUAAAGCUUGGAGCACACAGGGAGCUACUCUUACUCCUGCAAACAGUGCUGCAGCGAGAUCUCAGCAACGCCAAAUACCAGUAAAACUCCCGUACAUAGCCGAACACAGCACAUAGAGGAAUAGAGAAUCCAGUAGGCUUGGGUUCAUUAAAAAAAAUGUCCAUGUCCAUGUCCAUGCUUGAAGCUUUAAUCCUCAUCAUGUCAUUCAUUUAUUUAUAUUUACUCAUACUCACUAUGUGUCCUCAAAAGAUUUUUACCAUCCACCAUUAUGAAGAAUGACAUAUACAGUAAAAACUUGCUUUAUCAAGCCCUUUUCCCUUAAUUGUUAUAAAAUCUGUUACUUAAUAAUGUUGAAUAAUAAAAAGUAGUUUAGUCCUUA